AUGUUGCUUUCCCAGGAUUGCUGUCUCUGUAAUCUCAGAGGAGGAGCUCUUCAAAGAACUACGGAUGGAAGGUGGGUGCACGUCAUCUGCGCCAUCGCUGUCCCGGAAGCCCGUUUUGUCAACAUCCUCGCGCGCCACCCUGUAGACAUCACUGCCAUCCUUGAGCAACGGUGGAAACUGAAAUGCGUCUACUGCCGUAAGCGGAUGAAGAAAGUUUCCGGAGCCUGCAUCCAGUGUUCCUCCGAGCAUUGCUCCACGUCCUUCCACGUCACCUGCGCCCACGCGGCCGGCGUGCCCAUCGAGCCCGAUGACUGGCCCUACGUGGUGUCCAUCACCUGCUUCAAGCACAAAGCGGCCAGCCACGUUCUUCCCUUUUCCAGAGAGGUCUCCCUCAGCCAGACGGUAAUCGCGAAGAACCGGAACGGCCUCUAUUACCGGUGCAAAGUGAUUGGGGUGACCACGCAAACCUUUUACGAGGUCAACUUCGACGAUGGCUCCUACAGUGAUAACAUUUAUCCAGAAAACAUUAUUGGUGUGGAAAUGUGGUUUAUCUCUAUGGGCCUGUUGAUGGCCAGUUUGUUUUGA